CUGGGUCCCAGGCCUGUGCCCUGUCUUAGCAGGUGGUUCUCGAGCACUGGCACCACACCGCACAGUCUGCUAUGCUCAAGACCCCUUUCCAAACACAAUGCAGCAAAGUGGCUUUGUUGUUAGCCGAACCCAGGCUUAGUCUGAGGAUGAUUUCUGAACCUGAUUUUAAUAAUAAUUAAUGAUAAUGAUCGAGCAGAGACACGAACUGUGACAUCUGUAUGUGUACUAUGACUAUGGUUAUAUGCAGAAGAUUGAGAAUGUUGUGAAGACAAGAACCAUAAGAAAAUUUUUCAGGUUAAGUGUUAAAAUUGGAGGCUGUCAUGGAAGAGAUUCCAGUUAAAGUUGCCGUAAGAAUAAGACCUCUGCUUUCCAAAGAGAUUCUUCAUAACCAUCAAGUAUGCGUGAGACUGGUCCCAAACACACAGCAAGUUAUCAUUGGGAAAGACCGUGUCUUCACUUUUGAUUUUGUAUUUGGCAAAAAUUCAACCCAAGAUGAAGUUUAUACAACUUGCAUUAAGCCUUUAGUGGUGUCUUUGAUUGAAGGAUAUAAUGCUACUGUUUUUGCUUAUGGACAGACAGGGUCUGGGAAGACGUACACCAUUGGUGGAGGUCACAUUGCAUCGGUUGCAGAGGAUGAAAAAGGUAUCAUUCCACGUGCUAUACAGGAACUAUUUCAGAGCAUCUUUGAAAACCAUAAUAUUGACUUCAGUGUGAAAGUAUCUUAUAUAGAGGUUUACAAGGAAGAACUCAGAGAUCUGCUGGAGUUGGAAACCUCUAUGAAAGAUUUACACAUCAGAGAAGAUGAAAAGGGAAACACAGUGAUUGUUGGUGCCAAGGAUUGCCAAGUGGAAAGUGUGGAUGAAGUGAUGAGCCUUUUAGAAAGUGGGAAUGCAGCUCGCCACACAGGUACGACACAAAUGAAUGAGCACUCCAGUCGAUCUCAUGCUAUUUUUACCAUCAGUAUUUGUCAGCAACAACCUGCACAGUCUCCGAAAAAUGUAGAUGCUGCACAAGGUUCAUCUCUGAGAUCAGGCCAGAUCAUUGCUUCUAAGUUCCACUUUGUGGAUUUGGCAGGAUCAGAAAGGGUGACAAAAACAGGGAACACUGGUGAACGGUUCAAGGAAUCAAUUCAGAUCAACAGUGGCUUAUUGGCUUUGGGAAAUGUGAUAAGUGCUCUUGGAGAUCCAAAGAGAAAAAGUGUACAUAUCCCAUAUAGGGAUGCUAAAAUUACUCGUAUUCUGAAAGACUCCUUAGGAGGAAAUGCCAAGACUGUCAUGAUAACAUGUAUAAAUCCAUCCUCAUCUGACUUUGAUGAGUCUUUAAAUUCCCUCAAAUAUGCCAACAGAGCCAAGAAUAUUAGAAAUAAACCAGUUGUAAACUAUAACCCUGAGCGGGACCGGAUUGAUGAAAUGGAACUUGAGAUCAAGUUGCUCCGGGAAGCUUUGCAGAAUCAGCAGGUUAGUGUAAUGAGCCAUGCUAGCCAGGGAUCACAGGAUAUGAGUGAAGAUAGAACUCGAAUUCGUUCUCUUGAGGAGCAGCUUUCCCAGCUUCAGGUGGAGUGUUUCAACUACCGAAAUUGCAUAGAGGAAGCGUUUCCCUUCCUAGUUGAACUAAAUGACAUUGCCAGCCUAACAAGGAGUCAACAAGAGAAACUGCAGGAUUGGAUCAACAUGGCACAGGAGCUAAGGAAGGCAGCUCUUGUCAUGCCACGAACUGAUAGUGGAAUUGGAAAUGACCAAGAGGAGCCACAUCAUAUCACAAUUCUUCAACUGAAGAGGGAACUAAAAAAAUGCCAGCAGGCUUUAGCUACAGACGAAGAAGUAUUUGGUCAAAAGGAGCUUGAGCUGAAGGUAUUACAGGAUCAAAUACUAACACUGAUGCAGGAAAAUCAAGAACAUCUAGAAUCUUUUAAAGAGGCACAAGAAACAAAUAAAUUACAGAAUGAGAAAAUGGUGGAGCAGCAACUCCUUAUUGAUCAGCUGAAAGAUAAGUUAGAGAAGCUUACCGUGACUACAGCCUCAGUAUCCAGAGAUGCUUGUGGAGAUGGGCCAGCUGCUGUGACAUCUGCAAGAAGACCAUAUAGUGUGCCACUCACUAAUAGUUUAGUACAUUCCAUUCAUAUGGCUCCAGGACUGGAGUCCCGAAAGGUACACACCAGCCCUCCUACUUACUCAUUGGCCCGAGUAAUGGCUGGAUUUCAAACUCGCAGGCAAAUGAUAUUGGGUCAUAUAGAAGACCAAGAUGAAGUCCUUCACUGCCAUUUCUCUGAUCAUAGUGAUGAAGAAGAAAGGAACACCGACAGCAAAAAGAAAUCAGCAUUUAGGCGCUCCAUAAACCGCACAUGGACACGAAAACAGGCUCUUCUUUGUUCUCCCCUUCAACUGGAUGAUCUACAAUUCCAAAUGCACAAGUCCAAUUUACCAAAUGAAACCAUACUGCAGACUGACACUGUCACAGGUGAAGAGAUUGAAUGCCUUCAUAAGAGUCGUGUAAUAAACAUGCAGAAAUUAAAGAAUUCAGAGCUGAGACUCACCGAGGCCAAGAAAAAGAUGAGAGAACUUGCACUUAAUAUCAAAAUGAAGGAGGAACUCAUUAAAGAAAUAGUAAAAACAGGCAAUGAUUCUCAGUCUGUAAGCAGGCAGUAUUCUUUGACAAUAACUAAACUGGAACAUGAAGGUGAGCAAGCCAAGAUGGAAUUAGCUGAAACACAAAAGCAGCUUCAGGAGCUGGAGAACAAGGAGCUGAGAGACGUCGCUGAGAAAGCCAAGUUACAAAAAGAGUUUCGGAAGAAAAUGGAUGCAGCUAAAUUAAAAGUGCAGGUCUUACAGAAGAAGCAACAGGACACUAAGAAGUUGGCAUCAUUAUCCACCCAAAAUGAGAAACGGGCUACAGAACUUGAGCAGACUGUGAAUCAUAUGAGGCAUCAGCAGGCCCAGCUACAGAAAAGACUGCGAGAGGAGAGUGAAAAAAAGAAAAUUCUUGAGGCAGAGAUUGCACGGGACCACCAGCAAAUCAAAGAACUUCAGUUAAAGACAGAGCAACAGCAGAAAAUUCUCAAACUUAAAAAUGAAGAGAUUGCUGCUUUUAAAAAGAAGAAAAACUCGGCAGGAACUUCGCAGCAGUUACAGAAACAGGAAGAGCAAAGGAAAUGGUUAGAUGAAGAACUAGAGAAGAUUCUGCAUCAACAUCAAGAAUUAGCAGAACUGGAAGAAGACUUAAAGAAAAGAGAAGCUAUCAUAAACAAGAAAGAAGCAUUGUUACAAGAGAAGAGCCAUUUGGAAAUCAAGAAACUAAGAUCUAGCCAGGCUUUAAACAAAGAUAGCUUGAAAUUAUCUACCCGCCUGAGUAUGUUGGACAAGGAAUUGUGUGAUAAAAGUGUGCAGCUCCAGACCAGUGCCAGUGAAGAGAAGAGACAGAUUUUGGAAGAAGUUCAGGUUCUUCAGAAAGAAAGGGACCAGCUGCUCAGAAGAAGAAAUAGUGUGGAUGAAAAACUUAAAGAUGGUAGAGUGUUGUCCCCUGAAGAAGAACAUGCCCUUUUCCAACUGGAAGAAGGGAUUGAAGCGUUGGAGGCCGCCAUUGACUACAAGAAUGAAAAUAUUCAGAAUCGCCAGCUCUCACUUAGAGGCUCAUCUCAAAUCCUUACCCAGAGCGAGGCCAAUGUAAUGGGAAAACUAGUUUCCCUGUCUGCUACUGAGCUUAGAGCAAUUCUCUUCAAAUACUUCAACAAGGUUGUUAGCCUACGUGAGGCAGAACGUAAAUUACAGCUGCAGACUGAAGAGCUGGAAAUGAGAGUCACAGAACAGGAAAACAUAAUACGUGAACUGCAAUCGGCACUCGAACACCUCACGCUGCAGUGUGACAGGCGACUAACCCUCCAGCAGAAAGAACAUGAACAAAAGAUACAAUUAAUAUUGCAUCAUUUCAAAGAACAAGAUGGUGAAAGUAUUGCAGAAACCCUUAAACUGUAUGAAGCUAAAGUCCAACAAUUGGAAAAAGACUUGUUCUUCUAUAAGAAAACCAGCAGAGAACUAAAGAAGAAACUGAAGGAGCUGGUGGGAGAGUCAUUUUAUCAGCUGGUGGCACCAACUAAAAAUGAUGCUGCUGCUAACAGGAUACUGAGCCAAGAAGCAGAAGUUUCUUCAGAAGAAUUCAAAUUGACGUCCAAACCUGAAAGCAACAAACAAUCAGGAAAAUUAAGACAAACAGACAGUCCAGCAAGUGGUUUAAGGUGGUGGCAGAAUUCAUACAAGCUUGAAGAAGAUGUUUCAGAGCUAGCACACAAUAGAGGGUGUUUAUCAAGUAGUACUGAAGACCAAGCAGGACCAGAUGACGUACGCUCUUCAAAAUCUCAUCCUCAACUAUUCUCUCAUUCUCAGACAAAAGAGAUCAUAACACAGCUUCAAGGAGUGACUCCAGUAAAACUGUCUCGCCGAGAAUUACGGCAUAUUCCUGCAUCCGAACUAUCACUGAGGCGCUCCAGCCUUGGAGGCAGUGUCAAUUCUGUUGCUGCAGAUUCCAUUGAAAUGUCCAGAAAAUCUAAUGACUUCAAGAUAUAGUUAUUCUUUGACACAUUUUUAGCAACACAUGCUACUGGAAUCACUGUAUUACAUUUCCUUUAUUCAUGCACUAGUCAACUAGCAGCCACAGGUGAAUGAACCAUUGUUCUGUAACUGUUGAUAUUCAGAACACCAGAGAUCAUAUGUGUUCGUUGCGCUUAUGCAGUUUCAAAGAAUCUGAGACCCUUUCUUAUUGGCACAACCACAAACAGGCACAUGAUUAAAAAGCUUCUUAUUCCUGAGAGGAAAAAAAACCUUUAUAUUCCUUGGUUUUCCAAAUAACUCUAAAAGUUCUGGUGCGUUUUUCAAAAGCUAACAUUAGUGAAGAUUGAAGACUUUUGAAUUGUACAAGAAUAUUCUGUGACUAAGGUAAUUUCACUUUAAUGGUUUAUAAACACAUUAAGGUCCAUGGUAAUUUGCAAAAUACAUAGUUUAAAAGCUUGGCUACUGGACCUGCACCUAGUAAUUGGCAGUGACUUAAUUCCCAUCUAUACAUAGCAUAUGCUUGAUAUCUGAGUCAGGGUCUAAAACUAUGUUUGUUCCUCAAAAGGUAUAUGUAAAUAUUUCAAAUUUUUUUUCCUCAGCAUUUAAUUACUUACUCUUAUGUAAGAAUUAUAUUGCAUGAGACAAACAUGCCUUAAAAACUGUUUUAAAGUCUUUUUCUUUACAUAUUUAUAUAAACUUUUUUUUAAGCUCUGUGCGAAACAAGUAUUAUGCCUUAUUUGUGAAAUAGAUGCAAUUACUUAU